AACUAGAAAGUGAGUUCAACAGCCACUUGCAAUAUAUGCAGUAUGAUCAUAGAGCCAUGUCCAGUACUACCAAUUUGAUGCGACAUACGACAAAACUAGGGAUGCAACAGAAUUCACUAAAGCAACAGGAGGAAGCAACAAACUCUGGACUUUACAAGAAGGAAGGAUGAAUAUCCUGGAGAGAGCGAGGACCCCUAAGCUGUCCAUAUGAGAGCGCUGGGCGUCAGCGUCCAAUCCCACAUUAUUACAGACCCCACAUAUUAGCUUUGAUUAGAUUACUCGGAUUAGAAAGAUACAAACACAUAGUUAAAGACCCGUCCAUGAUCAGCCCUGUGACUUUUGAAAACUAGCGUUAGCAAUCCACCGCUAACGUGAGAGGUAUUUUAAAUCCAGUUCUAUAGAAAGUUAACAUAAAGUGAUAAAUCAAAGCAUAAGGAAAAACACUACAAAAAAUAUUUCAGACAUCUAAAACUAAAAACAGGGAAACUAUAAAUUAAUUUUCAGUUCCUCUAUUCUCUCAUAUCUCCAUCUCAUGAGGUGACGCCCCGUGUUACCCGACCUGACGAUGACACGAUGGACAUGCUGCUGCCAAAAACCAACACGGGGUAUAAAACGACCGAUUCGGUCUUUUAUGAAAUGAGUGGUUUCCUGUUCUGCCUGUCGUCACGUCAGCAAAGAUGGCAUCAAGUGUUCAAAUGUUUGUCCUCCUGAGUCUGACGAGCGGACUGUUCAUCGCAGGAGCUAUGUCAGAAGAGACAGUUCCCGCCUGUCCUCCUGGUUGGACUCAGUUUGGCUCCCGCUGUUUCAUUUUCCACCGCUCGGCAAAGCGGUGGGUCGAUGCUGAGAGCCACUGCAUCAAGAUCGGAGGGAACCUGGCCUCAAUCCACAGCUCUGAGGAAAAUUAUUUCCUCAACAAUCUGAUUGCAAGAGUGACCAACAAUGCACAUUUGCGUACCUGGAUCGGAGGCUACGACGCAGUACAGGAGGGGAAGUGGCUGUGGAGUGACGGCACAAGGUUCGAUUAUCUGCGCUGGGGUCCCGGGGAGCCCAACAACCUUGGAACCGAACACUGUAUAGUCAUGAACUGGGCAGGAUCCUACUGGAACGAUAUCCGUUGUUACUAUCACUUCCCUUAUGUCUGUGCCAAGGACGUGCAAACAGAUCCUGAAUAGUCUGCGACGAAAGCCACAACUUCUCCACCUCCUCUGUGAUGUCAGGCUACGACCACAUUUAAAAAUCAAACACAAUCACAACCAGCAAACAAAAAUAAACUCUGAUUAUUUUCUCCUGA